AGUAACAACCUGAAAAAAGUACGUAGUUUGAUAUUGAUACAGUCGAAAAGACUUUUCAAUACUGGAUUGUGGUAAUUGCAUUGCGUGGGUUUGGUAUUUUAGUUGUAAUAGGAAUAGUUAAUUAAAAUGAAUGCGGACAAUAAAAAGGCUAAAACAAAUAAGGCCAAAAGUGUUAGUGGGGACGAAGUGUACAAUUCCUUUCAGACUUUGAGAAAUGAGCAGCGUACGUUAGCAAACAAAAUAUCAGAAUUGGAAUACGAUCUAAAUGAACACAAGAUUGUCAUUGAUACAUUAAAAGAUCUAGAUGGAGAUAGAAAGUGUUUUAGAAUGGUGGGUGGUGUCUUGUGUGAAAAAACAGUAAAAGAAGUUUUACCAGUAUUAUCGACAAACAAACAACAGCUCUCAAACUUAAUUGAUUCCCUAAACAAGCAACUAACUAAAAAAGGCAUAGAAAUUAAUGAAUAUAAAGAAAAACACAGUAUCCGAAUAAAGGGGCAAGAUGAAGAAGAAUCAACGGAGAAGAAAGUAGACGAUGCUCCAGCAAGGAAUGUAAUGGUGAAUCCUUUGUGAUUUUGCUAUCUAUUGUUUCAUAUUCUGCACAAUUCUUUCUUUCUAACUCUCAAAUUUUGGCUUGUUUCUCAAGAAUCAUGAAAAUAAACAUUUUUAAUGUUA